AUGACCACAACACUGGGCAGUGAGAAUGAGCGCACAUCGUCUGAAUUAUCCGACACGGUCGUCCAAACUGAGAUCAAAAAGAAAUGGACGAGUUAUGUAUGGGACACGUUAGACAAGUCGCCGGAAGAACGUUGGCUGUUAUUCAAACUCGAUACCGCGCUCUUGACGUUUGCAUCACUAGGCUAUUUUAUUAAAUAUCUCGACCAAAUUAAUAUCAACAACGCUUUCGUGUCCGGCAUGCAGGAAGAUCUCGGACUGUACGGAAAUCAGCUGAAUUAUAUGACUGCAGCUUGGACUGUUGGAUAUGUUUUAGGGCAAAUACCAUCAAACAUAGCUCUCACUAAGCUCCCUCCUCGAUAUUGGAUUCCUGCAGCAGAGGUGAUAUGGUCAGUUUUGACCAUGGGUCUUUCAAGAGCCAAUAGCGCCCGCCAAAUAUACGUUAUGCGAUUCUUUAUCGGACUGGCCGAGAGUACCUUCUAUCCUGGUAUGCAAUACAUAAUCGGCUCAUGGUAUCGCAAAGAUGAAUUGGCCAAGAGAUCUUGUAUCUUUCAUACCAGUUCUGGACUUGGAUCCAUGUUUUCUGGAUAUCUGAUGGCGGCCGUGUACCAUCUCGGCGGCAGAGGAGGCUUCAAAGGUUGGCAAUGGCUUUUUAUCAUUGACGGUGUCAUUUCUCUACCCGUUGCUCUCGCAGGGUUCUUUAUUCUACCUGAUGUGCCCGAGAUUAGCAAUCCAUGGUACUUGACUGAGAAAGAGGUAGCCCUAGCGAAGAAGCGAAUGGAACUGGAAGGUCGAGGGACCCGUCAGCCAUAUACAAAGGCUAAGAUCAAGAAAAUAUUCUCGACGUGGCACAUUUACUUCCUGACAGUUCUGUAUAUAUCCUUCAAUAACGCCAACGGGGGCCAACCCGUGCUUGCACAAUGGCUCAAGUCUUCGACCAAUCCAAAAUACACCAUCCCACAGGUCAACGCAUAUGCUACAACACCUUAUGCUGUCCAGGUUGUCACAACGCUUAUAUACGCUUGGACAUCAGAUACGAUUUUCAAUGGCAGGCGAUGGCCCCCUAUCCUCUUUGGUGCACUGUCUAACAUUGUAUGCGGCGCCUCUCUUCUUGCCUGGGACAUUCCCAGAGGCUGGAAGUGGUUCUGCUACAUCUAUUCCGGCGCUGGCUACGGCUUAAGCGGACUGUGUAUGGCAUGGGCACAUGAAAUAUGUACCAAGGACAACGAAGAGAGAGCACUUACUGUUGGCUCCAUGAACGAAAUGGCAUACGUCUUUCAAGCAUGGUUACCCCUGAUUGUUUGGCAGCAGGUAGAUGCGCCCCGCUAUCACAAAGGUUGGAUUACGAUGAUCACAAUGUCUUGCAUCCUGAUAACUACGACCUUUAUCAUUCGAUUUUUGCACAAGCGGGAGAAACUUUCCAAGAUCAGACGUCAUAUUGACCAGGAUGAUGUCCAUAUCUAUGGAGAAGACGCUCACAAGCAAUCAACCGUCGUUAUAUCGUCGGAUCAAGGUUCGACAAAUUUGAAGGUGUGA